UCUCUGCAAAUUUAAUCAUACGUACAAACAAAAACCAAGCCAGCGCAUAAUAUUGGUGGAGAACUGCCUGAUGGGAUCAGUGAAGACUGAACCGGCCCUCCAAUCAAUACACACACAUAUAUAAACAGCAACCACUUACUUCAGAUAAACCCAAUGAGGCCCUAAACCUCUCUCUCUCUCUCUCUGACACAUAUACACAGUACAAACAUACAUAUAUAUCACAUUUCUCAAUUUGUUUCCUAAGCCCAACAAAAUGGACGCCUCGCGAACCUCAGACCAGCCCUAUACACUCCUCCCGGAGGACCCUUCCGUUGCCACCCCUCCAGUAGAGAGCCGCCAGCGGCGACCCAUCAGGGGCUUCAUCGGUAUCCUCGCGUCGGUCAUGUUCCUCCUGUCACUUGUCGGCCUGAUCGUCAACGAGAACCCUAAGUCACCGUCUAGGAUGGUCAUCCCUGAGAAUAAUUUGGAGGAUCCAAGCAAUGUGAGACCGAGGGGAGAGAUGGAGGGCGUGUCUGCAAAGUCAUACCCAUCGGUGAGGGACAGGUUGUCUUACAACUGGACCAAGUCCGAGUUCGCUUGGCAGAGAACUGCUUACCAUUUUCAGCCUGAGAAGAACUGGAUGAACGAUCCUGAUGGUCCGCUGUUCCACAUGGGGUGGUACCACCUGUUCUACCAAUACAACCCGGACUCGGCGGUUUGGGGCAACAUCACGUGGGGCCAUACGAUAUCGAGGGACCUGAUCCAUUGGUUGUACCUCCCGCUCGCCAUGGUCCCUGACCACUGGUACGAUAUUAAUGGUGUCUGGACCGGGUCUGCCACCACCCUCCCUAAUGGUACCAUCGUCAUGCUGUACACUGGUGAUACCAACGAUGCAGUCCAGGUCCAGAACUUGGCUUACCCUGCGAACCUCUCUGACCCACUCCUCCUCGAUUGGGUCAAGUACUCUGACAACCCAGUCAUUACCCCUCCAACCGGCAUUGAGACAGACGAGUUCCGCGACCCGACCACGGCUUGGGCUGGGCCCAACGGGACAUGGCACAUCCUGAUCGGCUCCAGGCUCAACACGACAAUAGGUAUCGCCCUAGUGUAUGAGACCACCGAUUUCAAGACCUACAACCUGUUGGACCACCCACUCCACACGGUCAAUGGCACCGGCAUGUGGGAGUGCGUCGACUUCUACCCGAUCUCCACCAACUCGACAAAUGGCUUGGACACUUCGGUCACUGGGCCUGGGAUUAAGCACGUGCUGAAGGCUAGCUUGGAUAAUUUGAAGCUGGAUUACUACGCAAUCGGGACAUACAAUGCGGAGAAUGUCACAUGGACCCCAGAUGAUCAGGAAAUGGACGUUGGCAUCGGGCUGCAGGUGGACUACGGGAGGUACUAUGCUUCCAAGACGUUCUAUGAUCAAAACAAGGGAAGGCGGAUUCUGUGGGGUUGGAUCAACGAGACCGAUACGGAGUACGAUGACCUUGCCAAAGGUUGGGCUUCAGUUCAGACCAUCCCGAGGGUCGUGACCUACGACAACAAGACCAGAACAAACAUCCUCCAGUGGCCGGUGGAAGAGAUUGAGAGCUUGCGACUCAACUGCACCGAGUUUGAAGAUGUUGCACUGGAGCCAGGGUCACUUGUGCCUCUAGACAUUGGCAUGGCUACACAGCUCGACAUAAGCGCCGAAUUCGAGAUUCAAAGCGAUUCACUGGAGGCAAUGCUCGGAGAAACCCCAACUGAAUUAGAAUGCAGUGUUGCAAAUAACAGGACGUCUUUGGGUCCCUUCGGCCUAGCAGUACUUGCUGAUGAAUCGUUAUCUGAGCUCACACCCAUCUACUUCCGCAUCGUAAAGACUGCUAAUGGCUCUCUCAUGACACUCUUCUGCACUGAUGAAUCAAGGUCGUCAAAGGCUACUGAGGUCUUCCGGAGGCUUUAUGGUACGGUUGUCCCGGUCCUCCAUGGAGAAAAGUUCACCAUGAGGAUUCUGGUCGAUCAUUCGAUCGUGGAGAGCUUUGCCCAAGGAGGGAGGAGAGUCAUAACAUCUCGAGUAUACCCAACGGAAGCUAUCUACGGGAACGCCAAACUCUUCUUGUUCAACAACGCGACCGACCUCAACGUGACCGCAACACUCAAGAUAUGGGAGAUGAACUCUGCGUUCAUUCAUCCUUUCCCCUUCAAUGAGAUGUAAUUGCAUCUAUAUAUCGCCUUGGGUAGGCUUAUUCAGUUCAUUUUUCAGUGAUUUUGUAUUCUUGGAGGCAACUGAAUUCAUACUGCGGUGCCCUCAUGAUUCCAAUUUUUGUAGGGACCAUGAAGAUUGAAGUAAUAGUUCAUAAGUCCCAUCUGCUGUGUGAUCAAUUGAUUCUAUGACUGGAAUAAAAAUGUCAAAAUCUCACAUGUAUGGUAGGCUCAAUUGAGGCCGAAAUCAAAACGCCCAAAUUUACGAUAGCCUCAAAAAGGAAGGGCCCGCAAGAGAUGGGUCGACUUGCCAGAUGGGCCUAUACAUUUAUUUAUCAGUCAUGGAUAUCACUUACCAGCCCAAUGUAACUGUGCUUUUACAUGUGUAUUAGCCCAGUAUAACUGGGCUUCUCAUGAAUAUUAGCCCAAAGAUAAUGAGCUUUUGUAUGU